AUGAUUGGCAGUAUGUUCGACGUCAUGCUUUGUCUCGCUGCGAUAAUAAUCACAAGUCAUCAGAAAAAUUGGGAGGACUCGAUUGAGCAACCACUGCCUGAUACGGCUUACGAUGAUCUCGAUCUCGUCAACAAGAGUCCUGAAAUGAAGCGAGAGACAGAGUGCUCAGUAGAAACGGAAGUAAUGUCCAAUUGUUAUGACGCUUCUUCACAUUCUCAAGUGGCUAGAUAUUCUUCUGAUCAGACUUCAUCAAAUCAGUCUGGUGAUUGUUAUGAUUCUAAUGGUGCUUAUUCCCUAUGUUCUAACCUUAAGAAGGAAGAGGACGGCUUGUGUCUGUCUUUGCCCCAUCGUGACACCUAUUCAGACAGUUCAGCGCAGACCUUAUCUGAUGCCAUUGACAAGUCUGAUGCAGUUCACCACUGUUCAGCCAAACGUCCAAGAAGAGCAGAAGCAAACAGCGUCUGCGAUCGUGAUAUCAGUGACGAUUGCGACUUUUUGCGACGAAGACAGCAGCUAGAGCUCAGAAAAAUGGAACUCGAGAACGAAAAACUCGAAAAGGAGAUUCAAUAUCUGGCUAAUCAAGAGAAGAGAGCCAGGGAGUUGCACAGUAUUGAGUUGAGGCGGGCCCGUUUCCAGCUGGUAAUGAUGGGCGCCGAUUUGAUGCAGGAACCGCAGCGAGAUGAG